AGCCUCUUUGGAUGGCCCUGUGUGGCGCUCUGUCCUCCCAGUGCACAUCAGGUCCGAGGGAUGACUCCUUGCUGUGUGCCUUGACUCCUCUGCUCGAGGUGGCCCUGGGAUAUUCACGGGGUCAGGUGCAUGACCGUGCUGUCCACCUGUGGCAGUCGCUGUUUGCCCACUCUCCUGGUCUCCAUGUGCAGCCCAGGCUCAGGGAACUACUGCGCAAGGUGAAGCCUUCCCUGGUGCCUUACGUGGAGCCUGAAGGCUCAGAGAUCUGCGAGCCAGCUUCUUUUUCCCAGGAUUCUCUGGUGCCAGAUGCUUGUCUUCCAACAACGCCACAAAAGAAAGAAGCCCUCUCGUUCAGCCCACUGCUUUCGUCCAAGAAACGCUUGACACCUCCUUCGGGCAGCUCUACGACGCGCCCCACUGUUGUACGACUUCGGACGCCCCAGAAGGCCAUGCAGUCUCCUCGCAAGAGACGCUCACUCUACGACUUCCGGGCUGAGGAGUUCGUGAAGGUGGUCUCCCCCAUCAAAAAGAAGCAGGUUCUGACGGAGCACCAGAAAGAGGUCCGCAAGGAACGCAGGUCCUUGCCAGCCCUCUAUAGCAACCUGUCCCAGAGUGGCCUAGACAGCCAAGAUUCAGAGACUCCACAGGAAUCCGAGGAGAUGGACGAUGAGCCUUUCACCAGUGAAAAGAACCAAACUUUGGAAUCCAUGCCUGUGAUCGUGCUUGAUUCGGACAGCGACGAAAAUGGAAUGCCGCCAGAAGAUCCACCCGGCCAGGAAGUGUGCUGCACUCCUCCAUUGCAGAAUCUCCAUGCACCAAGCAUGGCUAAAGGCGAUGUAGUGCCUGAGACCCAACAGACCUCUGUGGAGACUCCAAAGGCAAGCAAGCAUUUAGAAACUCUGAUCCUAACAACCGAUCAAAGGGGGUUCUAUAAACGUGCACAGGCAUGCAUACAGUACCAUGAAGGAAUGAAAUCCCCUCCCUGUAUUACAAUCAAGGGACCAUUUCUCCCAUAAUUUAGCACCACCUUAAGCAGUGCUUGAAACCAUUUCUUCUGGUUUUUAUGUGAAAUCUUUAGUGCCUUGUUGUUUGCACAGCGUUCUUCAUCAAAGUGUAACUUCAGGUGUGCAUUUCUUCUCUUCGAUGUAUUUACUGUGGUAAGACAAGCAUUUAGUUUUCUGUAACCAUGUUGGAGACUGCAUCCCUGUCAUUUUCUGUUCUUUUUUUCUUGCAUUUCCACACUAUUGCCUCUCCUGCAUAAACCAGCAUAUUGGCCUGCAUCAUGAAUAAAUAACUAAAUAAAUAAAAUGCUCGUGUAAUGGCUGCACGUUUUUCCCCCAAGAUUUAGGGUAAAAAAGCGGAGUGGUAUAUGGCUAGAAGACGGGAAAGACACCGCUUUUCUUUUGCAAAUAUUUUUGGUAGUAAACAGCAAAAAAAAAAAAAAAAGAACCAGCAUAGAACUCCUCAUUGGUGGCUGAGUUAAGUCAAAGGACUUUGGCAAUAUUGAAAGUGGUCCCUCAUUUUUAGCAGAAAGCGAAGCCAAACUUAGCUAAUUUAGUGGUGACAAGACUGGCUAGGGCUACGAAAAGAGCUAACUAGUCGGCAAAGGCAGCCUCUUGCAAUGUUAUUGCGUGAUACAAGUUGUAGCACUUUAGUUGCUCCUGGUACUGACGCGAAAAUUUUCUGUUGUCGUUUUGUUUCAAAUGAAAGGCCAAGCCCUCACAACCUGGAAAAUGUACUUGUGUGAGUGUUCCCUGAAAAAUUAAUUACAUGUUUUAAAAGCUAGUUUUGGUUCCUACUGUACACGGAUGUCACGAC